UGAAUAAUAUGUAAUGAUUAUAAAAUAAUUAAAUUUUACACAUGUUUUCCUUGGGAUAAAAUCUAAAGCAAAAAGUAGAGUCUAAAGUAUGGCAACGUUGUUAGUGAGUAGAUGUAGUUACACCAGCCACAGUUUCCCAAGCAAUACGAGUAGGAGAAGCGCAUAUUUGUGAUAAUAUUCACCUGAUGGGAAAAUUAACAAAUUUGUUAAAAGUUACCUUUUAUACUUAUAGAAGAUUGUAAGUUUACCUAUAUCUAUAAUCGUUUUGAUACGCAACAGAAAUAUCCAAAAUGUCCAUAAUACUCAACUUUAUAAUCUACCCAAUAACUAUAAUAAUAGUAUCAGUUUAUUGUUAUUUUUGGUACUCCUACAAAUAUUGGACGAGGAAAAAUGUACCGCAUUUAGAACCCAAGUUUCCUUAUGGAAACUUACGUUACAUAUUAUCUAAAGCUAGAGGAUACGAUUUGGAAUUAAUUGAAUUGUAUUCAGAAAUUAGAAAGAGAAAUUGGAAAUUUGGAGGAAUUUGGACUGUAGCCAAUCCCGUUUUAAUGGUAACAGAUCCUGAAUACAUAAAGGAUGUUUUAACGAAGGAUUUCAGUCACUUUAUAGCCAGAGGCAUGUACUAUAAAAAAAGUGAUCCUCUUGGUGUCAGUCUAUUUUUAGUUGAUGAAACUAAAUGGAAGAAUGUCAGGACCCACCUGACGCCAACUUUUACAACGGGAAAAAUGAAAGGUAUGUUUCCACUAAUUGUUGAAGCUAGCAAUGCUAUGAUAGAAGCCUUUAAUCAAAACGUUGAAAAUAAAAUGGACAUUGAUAUUAGAGAGUUUUUAGCUAAAUUCACAACAGAUGUCAUAGUAUCAUGUGCUUUUGGACUCGAAGGAAACUCAUUCACGGAUGUUAACCAUCCAUUUCGUAAUGCUGGAAAAUUAAUAUUGGACAAGUUGCCAUUAUCGGAGUCUAUUAGAUAUUCGUUAAUGAAUUACGCUCCAGAUCUUUGUGAGGCGUUAGAAAUUAGGUCGAUCAAAACAGAAUCCAUAGAGUUUUUCUACAAUAUAAUUAACAAUACUGUAAAUCACCGAAAGAAAAAUAAUAUUACUCGUCAAGAUUUUCUACAACUUGUGAUAAACAUGGUUGAGGAUACCAAAAAUUCGGAUAAUCCAUUUACGUUUGAGGAACUGGUUGCUAACGUAAACCUAUUCUUCAUCGCUGGAUUUGACACAUCAUCUGCAGCUAUGAAUUUUGCUCUUUACGAAUUGGCUAGAAAUCCGGAUAUACAAGAAAAACUCAGACAAGAAAUCAAAUCAACGCUAGAAAAUCAUGAUAAUAUACUAACUUACGAGGCCGUUAACAAUAUAAAAUAUUUACAGCAAGUUAUGGAUGAAACUUUAAGAAUAUAUCCAUCUGUACCAAUCCUUCAAAGAAAAUGUGUCAAAGAUUACAAUUUAAGAAACACGGAUAUAAUAAUCGACAAAGGGACUUACAUUGUUAUACCAAUAAUUGCCAUUCAGAGAGAUCCCGAAUACUUUCCUGAACCUUUAAAAUUUGAUCCUGAAAGAUUCAGUCCAGAGAAUAUUAGUCAAAUUAAUAACAAGUGUUAUUUACCAUUUGGAGAUGGACCUAGAAAUUGUAUAGGUUUAAGAUUUGGAUUGAUGCAGUCUAAAGUGGGCCUUAUACAAAUUUUAAAAAGUUACAGACUCAGCAUUAGCCCCAGUACGAAGAUGCCACUCGAAAUGGAUGAAAGAACAUUUUUAUUAAAAUCUGCUGAAACUCUGUAUUUGAAAGCUGAAAGAUUAUGAAGAAAUGUAAUGUGAACAUAUUAAUAUUUUUAUAAAUAUAUACUAAUAUACUUAUAUAAUGAAUGUAUGUUUCUAAGCCCAGCUAGCACAAAAACAUUCCA